AUGGUGGAACCAACACUGAGACCAGCUGCUGUUCUGCUGCUGUUCCUGCUGCACGGCUGCCUGGCGGACCACGUUUUCCUCGACGGUCACCAGGCCUCGCAGGUGCUGGUCAGGAACCGCCGGGCCAAUCAGCUGUUUGAGGAGGUGAAACCAGGGAACCUGGAGAGAGAGUGUGUGGAGGAAAUCUGCGACCAUGAAGAAGCCAGAGAGGUGUUCGAACAGACGGACAAAACAGAGGACUUCUGGGCGAAGUACCUGGACUGUAAAGGAACUGAGAUGAUAAGAACACAAGACAACAUCAACAUUGUCAGACAGUGCAUAGAAGGUCAGUGUAUUUCUGGUACAGGAGUGAACUAUGAAGGAAACAUCAACAUCACAGAAUCAGGGAGACAAUGUCAAUACUGGAGGCACAGCUUCCCACAUCCCAUAAUAAGGGAGUUUAAUGCUUCAGAGCCAGGCAGCAUCCUGCACGAGAACUUCUGUCGAAACCCUGACAACCGUCCAGGGGGACCCUGGUGUUUCACCAAAGACCCGACAGUCCAGAAAGAGGCCUGCAGGGUCCCCAAAUGUGGUGAGCCCUUCGUCCCGCCCACUGUGACCCCUGAACAAAUCAAAUCUGGCAUCUGUCUACAAAAUUAUGGCAUUGACUAUGUUGGCGACCUGGCCGUCAGUCUGGGAGGCCACACCUGUUUGCAGUGGUCGUCGCCGGAGGCACAGGCCCUGAGCAAGGACAAGGAGUUCAUCCCCGAGGUCAUUCUGCAGGGCAACAAGUGCCGUAACCCUGACAACGACCCCGAGGGCCCCUGGUGCUACGUGGAGAUUUCUGGAAACGUGACGGUCGACUACUGUGACCUGGAACUGUGUGAGGACCCGUUGCUUGGUCAAGAGUUGACGACAGAGACGGAGGGCAGGGAGCGUUCCGUCCUUGGGCCCACCAGGAAACAGUUCUUCAAUCCUCGCACCUUCGGACAAGGAGAGAGUGUGUGUGGAGUGCGCCCCCUGUUUGAAAAGCAGAACAAAAUGGACACGAAGGAGGAGGAGCUGUUGGAGUCGUACCGGGGCCAACGCAUUGUUCUGGGCGAUGACGCCGAUGUGGCCUCAGCACCAUGGCAAGUGAUGCUGUAUAAACGCAGCCCACAGGAGCUGCUGUGUGGAGCCAGUCUGAUCAGUGAUGAAUGGAUCCUCACUGCAGCUCACUGCAUCCUUUAUCCGCCCUGGAACAAGAACUUCACCACCAACGACAUACUGGUCCGCCUGGGAAAACACGACAGGGCCAAGUUUGAACGCACCACGGAGAAGAUCGUCGCCAUCGAUCAAAUCAUCGUCCACCCGAAGUAUAACUGGAGGGAAAAUCUGAACCGUGACAUCGCUCUGUUGCACAUGAGACGGCCAGUCACAUUCACCGAUCAGAUCCACCCCGUGUGCCUGCCCACCAGGAAGGUCACCAGGAUGCUCAUGACCGAAGGCUUCAAGGGUCGAGUGACCGGUUGGGGGAACCUGAAGGAAACCUGGAACCCAGCAGCGAGAAAUCUACCCGCAGUCCUCCAGCAGAUCCAUCUACCAAUCGUGGAUCAGGACACCUGCCGCAGCUCCACAUCAGUCAAGAUCACGGACAACAUGUUCUGUGCUGGUUAUAAACCAGAAGAUUCUAAACGUGGAGACGCCUGUGAGGGAGACAGCGGUGGACCGUUUGUGAUGAAGUACCCGGCAGAGAACCGCUGGUACCAGAUCGGCAUCGUGUCGUGGGGCGAAGGCUGCGACCGGGACGGAAAGUACGGCUUCUACACUCACCUGUUCAGGAUGGGCAGGUGGAUGAGGAAGGUUAUUGACAAGGCAGGAGGAGACGACGAUUAG